UGCUGAUGCAUUCUCUUUUGGAUCUUUAGUCCCUUAAUUUUAAUUCUAUUUCUCUUUGUAUCCUAACAUAGUUUCUUGUUAUUUGCAGUCAAGGCAAAAGGCACUUUCAGAUUUACAUAGCAUGCAAAAUGAAAAGCUUGAGAAACUGAGUGACCGACAAAGCCAACCUGAGUCACAGCUCAAGUUCAUAAUAGAAGCCUGGUUACAGAUUGUGGAAUGUAGGCGAGUGUUGAAAUGGACAUAUGCGUAUGGUUAUUACCUACCUGAGCACGAACAUGCCAAGAGACAGUUCUUUGAAUAUUUGCAAGGUGAGGCCGAGUCUGGAUUGGAACGUCUUCAUCAAUGCGCUGAGAAGGAGCUCCAGGUAUACCUUGAUGCAGAAACUCCUAUGAAAGAUUUCAAUGAUUUCCGCACCAAGUUAGCUGGUUUGACGAGUGUGACCCGCAACUACUUUGAAAACCUAGUCCGAGCCCUGGAGACUGGUUUGAAGGAUGUAGGCUCUUCUAAUAGCGAAGCUACCUGUAGUAAAACUUCAAGUUCGAAGAGUUUGGGAACAAAGGGAAAGGGUGGUAAGUCUAAAGCAACAGGAAACAAUUCCAGAUUAGCUGGUGGUCCCAGCCACAGCUUGGAUGAGAGCAACCUCUGGUCCUGCGAUCACUGCACCUAUGCCAACCCUAAAUCUGCCAAGGCAUGCCAGAUGUGCGAGCAUCGGAGGUAGAACAGUGAGAGCAUCUUCCCAAUGCCAGUUUCAUCUGUCUUCACAUCGCCAGUCUCAUCUGUCUGUAAAGAAACAUGAAAGUUAUUUUGGUAGGAUCUAGUUCUGUGAUCAUUCCACAAGCCAGUGCCCAUGAUCUAAGGAUAUUUGCACAUUGCAAGAAGGGAAAUGAAAUAACAGGAAACCUAUUGCGAGGGGAGGAAAAAUGAAACAAAAGAAUUCUGUUUAUGUAUGUUUGUUAAAUUAUAAGCUGAUAGUUUCAUUGUACUAUCUUGUUAAAUAUAUGUAUAUAGAUUUUUAAUGGUGGCUCUUUUCCAAA